AUGAACUCGCCCAUUGCCUUUGACGCGCCGGUGGCCGAAAGCAUCGACCAUCAGUGGAUCUCGUCCGACGACGCGCUGCACCAAGUGAAAGACGCUUCGUCGCUCGGCGCGUGGAUGCUCGAUACCGCUCUCGACGUCGGUAUGAGCCAGCUCCAGUCGACGCAGGUGUACCUCCGCAUCUAG